AGUACCACAAGAGGACGAUACAACAACAAGCUUUCCAACUGCUUCCGUUGCUGAGGAGAAGCAACCUGACUCAUCUUUUAGAAGUGGGCUUGCACUACAAUACCUCCUCGGGAAAGAUGCGCCAUCUCCUAUUGAGGCAUUGGAAAUCGAAAUCGGUACCCCUGUGGGCAGUCGUAUGCCGAUGUUUGUUAUUCCAGAAGAGGAAGACGAGGAACUGGAGGAGAGGGUUGACACCAGGGACAGUGAUGUACUAGAAGAGAAAGGUACUGGAAGUUGCAGUUCGGUUGCAGCAGGGAUUGUUGCUGAUGGUGACGCAGCUCGUAAUGUCGUGGAUAGGACCGAGGAGCUUAAAGUCGAAAACGAGACUGAGAAUCGUGACCCAGUCGAGAGAAACGAAAAUGAGGAUGCCCCUUUGGAGAUAGUGCGACGGUGUGAUGAGAUCGCGGAAGCUGGAGACGACGCAAGGGCCCCGGUUAAAAACGAAGUAGCGUUCUUGCUGGAAAAGAUUAACGAAAACGAUCACGCAUCUCCUGCAGAAGCACAGCAAGAAGACGUUGGAGUAGAGACGGAAAAGCCUAGUGAAACCAUCUCUCUUUUGAAGUCCGACAAAGACGUAGUGGAAGAACAACAGCCAGCUCUUACCGAAAAGGGAAGGGAAAACAAAGUCCUCCACGAGGAGUCAGUUGUUGGUGAGCAAACCCCUGUUGCUGAGCCUGAAGAGGACGAAGAACCUGAGCACACUCCUAUGCCUGCCUUAGAGAUCGACUUCUUGCCUCGACAUAGCACUUUCGCGGAUCUUUUCAUGAACUCAAAUUCCUCUCCUCUGAUGAGCCCUGGCGCUGCAUUCGCAGUCUUACAACAGGGUGGGUCUUGCUCGAGGUCGAGGAGAAGUGGAUUGCCUCUAACAAGUAACCGGGUUGCUUUAUCUGUGCGAUCAGGAGCACUCUCAGCGCAACAGUCUUCAGGACAAGCUUCCAGCCGAUCAUGG